GCGUUCCGAGCGCUGUGACUGUGGACCCGCGUCACUUUCUUUCCCUUGCUAAUUUCAAUUGAUCUUAAACCUUUUUCCCCAUUUCCAUCUCCCAAUGCUCCUCCUGCACAACUUCAAUGCACACUUUACAUUGAACAUACCCAUCGAUUAUCGUCUGUGAUCUCUUCUUUCCUUUCGAUAAACUAUCAUAAGUAAAGAUGGUGCGAUCUACUCUCGGAAAGAGAACUAGGAGUGCUAGAGAAAUUGAGGUAGCAGAUGCACCUUCGAAACGAACAAGACGACAGACUCGCAGCACUUUACAAAACGACGAGAACGUAGAUCCCGAAGAAACUGUCACCGGAGACGAUCUUGACGAUGAUUUAAUUACAAUAGACGUCGCGAAGGACUCGCUCAUCAAAAACACCCCUUCCCGACGAGGUCGCGGUGUAGAGAUCACUAAGCAGGAAUGUUCUCCUCUUACACCGAGUACACCGCGCCAUCGAGAUGCUCUUUCCAGGGUACCCGUCACUCCUCGUCAUCGGGUCAUGUCGGCUGGGAGAAUAUCGAAGCGACUCUUCCCACAAACACCCCUCACACCUACCGCCGUUCAGACCAUCUACCACCACGCCCGUCAACUCUUUUCUAGAAGUGCCGACCCGGGUCAAUUGAUUGGACGAGACGACGAACGCGCGCAGCUUAAGGGGUUCCUGCAACGAUGCUCGAAGCCGAACCCUAGCGGAUGCAUCUACGUCAGCGGUCCCCCGGGGACGGGAAAGAGUGCAAUGAUCAAUGAAGUUACGCAAGAAUUGGUCGAGAACGGGACGGUGAAGAAAGCUUACGUCAAUUGUAUGAGCAUAAAGUCGUCCAAGGAUCUUUACGGAACACUUCUAGACCAGGUUUGCGACGACCCCGAUAUUUCCGAAGGCGAUGCGGCAACAACGGUCCAAAAACUCUUUAUGCCACGGAAGAAGUCGACCGAAGUCUAUUUGGUGGUUCUAGACGAAAUUGACCACAUUCUCACUCUAGACUUGGAAAGUCUAUAUCAAUUAUUCGAGUGGUCUAUGCAGAAAUCGUCACGUCUUGUGUUGAUUGGCAUUGCGAACGCGCUGGACCUAACGGAUCGAUUCCUCCCACGCCUAAAGUCUCGAAAUCUAAAGCCGGAGCUACUUCCUUUCCUACCCUACUCGGCAGCGCAGAUCAAGACUAUAAUUACUACCCGCCUUAAGAGCCUUGUACCCGAGGGCAGCCCUUUACCAUUCAUCCAUCCAGCUGCGAUCGAGCUUUGUUCUCGCAAAGUCUCAAGCCAAACGGGCGACCUACGAAAAGCAUUUGAGAUUUGUCGGAGAGCUAUUGACCUUGUGGAAGCGGAAACAAAGCAAAAGCAUGAAGCCGAGAUUAAGGAAACGAUGCUUCUCGCCACGCCAUCCAAGAAGCCUCUAGGAGAGAACGUGAAUAUGUCAUCACCUAAGCGAUCCACGGAAAGAAGCCCCUCGGCACUGCUAGCGGAAUCGUUGAAAGGGUUAACAAUGGAAACGGCUCCUCGCGUAACCAUAGCCCAUCUCAAUAAGAUCACGGCUGCUGCUUUUAGCAACGGAACGAGUCAACGACUUAAGACCUUAAAUUUGCAACAGAAAGCAGCUCUGUGCUCCCUAAUGGCACUCGAGAAACGAAAUCGAGCGUCCCGAGCUUCGUCAGUACUAGCCACGCCGACCAAGUCGCAGACCGUUGCCCCUACGAUCAAGAUAUUGUUCGACACGUACUGCCUAUUAUGUACGCGAGAAUCUGUCCUGCAUCCCUUGUCGAGCUCCGAGUUCCGGGAAGUCAUAGGAAGUCUAGAGACCUUAUCACUCGUUUCUGCCGUUGAUGGAAAGACAGGUUCUCUGGCUAUGUUGCAGACACCAAGCAAAAGGGGAAAGAAGAACGGGUUCGGGUCUGGUGUUGGAUUGGCGGAUGAGAAGAGAGUGGCGAGUUGCGUGGGAGAGAAGGAGUUGGAGCAAGCUGUGGAAGGACUCGGUGCUGAUAUUCUGAAGAGCAUUUUGAGCGGCGAGGCGUUGGAUUAGAUAUGGUAUGGCACAUAAUGCAUGGGUAUGGUAUUGCAUGAAAAUGGCGUUGCAUUUUC